AGCACAUUACCUCAUCUUUUUUGCUUCUUACCUCAUCAGUAAAUCUGACAAAUAUCUAGACCAAGGGUGUCCAGUCCAAUCAAAGGGCCAGUGUGGGUGCAGGUUUUCAUUCCACCUGAGCAGAAGCCGUAUACUGAAAGCCAAGAUGAGUCGAUUAAAGAGGUGGAAUCAGGUGUAGCUCCUCUUUGAUUGGUAUGAAAACCUAACCCACACCGGCCAUUUGCGGAUAAGAUUGGACACCCCUUGAUCCAGACCACAGCCACAGACUCCUUCCCUGUAGAGGCCAAGCUUUCACUCUUGCAUUGCUUAUUGUUUUGACUUUCAUCUUUCUAAUGAGGUGUUCAUGCACAUCAGCUCUAAUCACAUCCUGUAUUGAUGUUCUUGGUCACAUGAAGCUGAACAGUUGCUCUUGCAAGUAUUGCAUUAAUGCACAAGCAUCACGGUCAGUGCAUGUGUGCUUUGAAGGAUUUCUAACACUAUUUUCUGAUGUCUUUCUCACACAGGUGCCACUUUUUCCUCAUUGAAACACUUAUCAGUUGAAGCAGGUUUGAUGCUGCUGCUUGUUGUUUUCUUUACCAUCCUGAUCAGAUGCUGAGGAUGUUAGAUGCUUAAUUGUAGCAUGCAUUGGGGGUGAUGGUAGCUCAAGUGGUUAAGGCUCUGGGUUAUUGAUUGAAAGAUCAGGGUUCAAGCCUCAGUAUUUCCAACCUUCCACCGUUCCAGGGGUGACCCUGAGCUCUGACCCCAACCUUCCCAGGAUAGUAUAUGUGAAGAAAGAAUUUCACUGCGCAGUAAUGUAUAUGUGACAAAGGCUACUUUUAUUGCACCUGACUCCACUAUGUCCAGUUAUGUGUGUAUGUGUAUUCCUCUUGCCUAAAUGACUCAAUAGUCUAAUAAUCUUUGCUGUUUUUAUGAAUAUUCCAAUAUUACUUCCACAUCCACUACACAGCCAUAUGUUCAUAUGUGCUUACCUUCCAGAUUUAUUCCCUCUAUCCUGUUAUAAUCCUCUCCACUCCUCUCUUCUGUGAAGCCUUCUAUUUCCACUAGAUGUUGGAUUGUGUCUGUGGGGGAUCAGUGAUCAUUCAGCUAGUGAGAUCAGACACUGAUGUUGUAAGAGUGAGGAGGUCUGGGGUUCAGUCGGUGUUCCAGUUCAUCCCAAAGGUGUUCAGUGGGGUUGAGGUCAGAGUCAGGAGCUCUGUGCAGGACACUCCAGUUCUUCCACUCUAACCUUAACCUCUAUACCAUGUCUUCAUGGAGCUCUGUGUGCUUUUUCAUGCUUUCAUGCUGUGUGCUUUUUCAUGCUUCACUGCUUCAUACAGGUUUGAAGCAGUGAAGAGAGACUGUAACGGUACAGCACACAGAGACACUAUACAAUUAAGGAAGAAUCACAUGAGGGUGUAAUGGUCAUGUUGUCCAGAGAAACAUUUGUAAGGAGUUAUUAUGCAUUAAUAACAUUCCAUGCACAGUCUUUAAUAUAAUACUUUAUACCUACUGAAGAGAUUAUAUCAUUAUAAGUGCUGACAUUACUGAAUUAUUUAUCAGCCUGUACUAUAACGAAGCUCCAUUUAAGGCUUUGUACAGAGCGCGCGCGCGCGUGCAUUUAUAUGAUAUUUAAUCAUUUUGCAAUGAUCCACUUUAACAACCAAAAUAGAUUGUUCGUGUAAACAAAAAUAAAUAAACAAAUACGUGCGUGUUCUUCUUAAACACCGUUUAGUUUAGAGCUGUAACACCAAACUCUGCCGCGUUGCCAUGGCAGCCUGAGUAUUAAGUUGCACGUGCGCCGCUUAGUUUCCUGGAGACCGGACGCGCUUCAGUCUUGUUUAGUGUUUAAAAACACCCCGGAAAGGGCGCGUGCGAUUUGCAGAAAAAUUCAGACAUGGCCAUGUUGAGCAUAAAGCCAAGCCUGCGCUGCACUGUGCCUGACUGGAUGAAGGUCAAUAACGAGCUCUCGGUCAUCGCUGAGCAAACAAGACACCUGUCACAUGAGAUACGGCUGGAGGGCAGGGCUCUGGGUAAUGACACCGCCAAUAAGACAACCUGGGGUGAAUAUGACAGCAAUCGUCGACUCAGUGACAGAAUUAGUGACAUCACACUUUGGAAGAAGAGCCUGGAAACCUGUGCAGAGGAAGUGGACACAGAAAUGGAUGCUCUCACGCUAACGAAGGAAGCAGCAGAGCGUGCUCUCGCAUCCACAGUGUUGCCUUUAGAGGUCACUAAUGAGUGUUUGACCUUGAGGGAGGGUCGUCGAGAAAAUGAGCUGGUUAGUGACCCAGUGGAAGCAGAGCUAAAGAAGGAGGUGGAGGUGAUUCAUAAGGCACAACAGGUCCUACAGCAAAACAUUGACCAAGCGUUUAAACAACUCUGUUUGCUGCAGGAAGCUCGUCAUCAACUGACUCUUGACCUCCAGCACAAGGCGGAGGCUUUGGAUGUAGACAUGUCCUGCCUGUCUCUCUCUGUGACGUCCUCGGAGAUCUCGCUGAAGCCCAAUCCCACCAGAGUUCCUCCUGGUUCCACAACACCUCAGCAGUGGAUGCAGUUCAGCCAGCACAACAUAACUCAAGCCAAGGAAGAAAUGCAAGCUUCUCUACAUCUGAGAGAGAAUAUUAAUAUCACUAUAGCACAGGUGCAAAAUGAAUUAGAGUCUCAGCGCAUUGCCACUCAGUUCGCCUCCCGGAAGCGAACUCACCAGCUGGAGCAGGCUCACCAGGAGCUUCAGUGGCAGAUCAAAUCUACCCAGGAUGAGAUCAAUGAGCUGAAGGAAGACGUUCUUAGACUGGAGAGGGACGUGCAAUCUAAGAUGGCUCCCCUGAAACUGGUGCACACUCGCUUGGAGUACAGGACCAGGAGGCCCGGCAUGGACCUGUGCAGAGACGAGGUGCAGAACGGGUUACUGGAGGAGAAUAAACAGCUUGCUUCGUCUAUCGUGGCUCUGAAACAGAAGCUGGCACAGGCUCAGGACUCGUUACAGGUUCUGCAGCUACACGAAGCUCGGAUGCUGGAGGAUCUCGAGCGUAAACAGGAAGCGCUGUCUCUCGAGCAACGGAGCAUGCAAACACGCCAGCACCUGAACUCGACUCCAAACGAAUUUGAACCUUCAGCCGUGUCGCCUCUCACCAACUCCAGUGGCAUGCACAAACUCCAGCUGAAAUACACAGCGUGAGACCAGCGCCACACGCUUCAUCAGAUAUUCGCUCGAUCUUCUCAACGGUCCCUUUUACUGACCUGACCAUGUGUCCAGUCAUGUGUUUUCAUUGCAGUUUAUGAUACAAUAUGAUACUCUGUCUGAAAUGUAAUGUAAUGUUACGACUUAAGACAUUAAGCGUGUUAUGAGAAACAGAAUUCAUUUUAUGUUACACAUAUCUGAUUUAGAGAAUGCACAUAUAAUAUAAAAACAAAAACAGAAAACACUGGACAAAUUUUCAUUUCAAUUCAAUCAAGUCCAGUCAAGUCCAGUAAAAAAACAUUUUCAGUCUAAUCCAGUCCAAUCCACUCUGGGCAAGUCCAGUCAAUUUUUCAGGCAGCAUUUAUAAUUAAAAGCUAAUACUUGGUCAUAAUUGGUCAAAAAAACAAACAUAAAAAAACCAAAAUCAUGCUCUUUAAGUUUUUGCUUGCACAGUGUGUGUAGCU